AUGUUUUGCCGAAAUCAGACGGGUAGAGCGACCAUUGCAAGAGGAUCAGCUUUGGAGAUGGAGAUACGACGAGGGAGAUUCAGACGAAGCUUUUUCUUGGAUAUGCUGACGUUACAGGACACUGACAUCCAGAAGAAGAUAGACUAUGAGAUCCGGAUCAGGGAGGGUGCAUGUAAGCUGCUGGCGGCGUGUUCUCAGAGGGACCAGGCCCUGGAGGCCUCCCGUAGCCUCCUCACAUGUAACGCCCGCAUCAUGGCCUACAUGUCAGAGCUCCAGCGCAUGAAGGAGGCACAGGUCAUGCAACGGGUCGCCCGCAGGUCGUCUGACACAGGAGCUAAUGAUGACAGACAUCCCUGUAAAGGCAAAGUGGCCAUUUCAGACAUUCGAAUUCCGUUGAUGUGGAAAGACACAGAAUACUUCAAAAACAAAGGAGAACUCCACCGCUGUGCUGUGUUCUGCCUGCUGCAGUUAGGAGGAGAGAUCUUUGACACAGACAUGGUUAUGGUGGACAGGACGCUCACUGACAUCUGCUUUGAAAACACCAUAGUCUUUAAUGAAGCCAGCCCAAAUUUUGAGCUACGUUUGGAGUUGUAUAGCUGCUGUUCAGAGGAGGACUACAGUGCAGGCAGUACACCCAGGAAACUGGCCAGCAAACUCAGCUCGUCACUGGGCAGAUCCUCUGGGAAAAAGAUGAGGGCGGCCAUGGAUCCUGGAGCUGGCUGUCCAAUCAGCAGUGCAGGGGGAGGAGCCACACUCUUACUGCCUGUGCCAUCUGUAGCAGGACCUAAGUAUCACCUUCUCGCCCACGCCACGCUCAGACUGCCACACGUGCAGGAUAACUUCCGUACCCACGAUCUAACCAUCACUGGCAACGAAGAGUGUUCCUAUUGGCUGCCUCUCUAUGGCAGCGUGUGUUGUCGGUUGGCAGCUCAACCUCACUGUAUGACGGAGCAGAUGAUGAGUGGAGCAUUAAGGGUCAAGCUUGGAGGUGAUCCUCAGGGUUGGACAAAUGUCUACGGCGUCCUGAAAGGGACAAAUCUCUUCUGUUACCAUCGGCAGGAGGAUGUUGAGGCCAGUGUAGAGCCUGUAUUAACCAUCGCUAUCAACAAAGAGACGAGAAUACGAGCGUCAGAGAGGGAUCCCCACAGUAAAGCCCAGAGUAUCUGUAUCAGUAAUCGUUACGGAGGUGAAGAGGUCACGCACACGCUCGCCGCAGACACACGCGAGGACACACAGCGCUGGAUGGAGGCUUUCUGGCAACAGUUUUAUGACAUGAGUCAGUGGAAGCAAUGCUGUGAUGAGCUGAUGAAGAUAGAACUGCCAUCACCACGGAAACCGGCCAUUGUCACCCCAAAGCAGGGCUCACUUUAUCAUGAGAUGGUUAUUGACACAUCUGACGACAUCGGCACGGUGACAGACAUCCUCACGCAUCGCAUCGAAGACUUUGAUCUGACGAGCGGGCACGGAACCACGCCCGCCUGGAUGUCCCUCUUCGACGAGUCACCCAGGUCCCCCCAGUGUCCCUCCCGCCUCUCCGCGCACAGCCCCGGCCCCAGCCCCAGCCCCGGACGUUUCCGGGGCCGACGCCCACGCAGCCCCCGCAGCCCCCGCUGCCGACGCACCCCUGGCCUGCUCUCCUCCGAGAUCAGCCUGACGUCCGACAGCGACAGCCCCUGUAGCACCAGCCCCUGCUCGCACCACCACGGCUGGUCUGAAACACCCUCCUCCUCCUCCUCCUCCCGCUUCCGCCCACGCACCCUCUCACUGGACGCCAAGCUGACCAGCCUCCGAGGGCGGGGCUACAGCAGCGUCCAGCGCUCCUGUCAGAUGGCCACGUCCGUCGCCGCGGUUCCUCGACCCACCCAGACGGUUCUCUCCUCCUCCAGUUCCACCUCCAGUAACAGCUCCAGCGAGGGGGGCCAAGACGCGGCUUUCUCCCGCCCCUCCAUUGCACGCCGAAGCCUCAGGAACCUGCGAGCCAAACUGGACCCUCGGAACUGGCUCCAGAGUCAAGUAUAG